ACUCACUUGCAUGCAUAAUGAAAACACCUCUAUUCAAAUUGGUUCACAAAAAUUCAAUGUACUAAACAUUAACCAGAAUGUUUCUACCAUGAGAAUCAUUCGAACUGAUCUUGUCAAUGAUAUCUGUUCUUCAAAUUUCACAAACACUUCUUUGGUUGGAACUCCCUUUAGUUUUCUUCCAACGGUUCGAAAUCUCACUAUAUUCUAUGAUUGUCCUAUUCAGAAUAGUUCAGUUAUGAAAAACAUAAACACUUUUACAUGUGAGAAAAAUGGUAGCAAUGUACAUGUUUUCUAUGUUGUCAAUAAUGAAACUCAGAUGCAAAACCAGUUCUCAGGAUUUCGGAACUGUCGUGUUAGUUUCCAAGUUGAAGUUUCUAAGGAUGUUGUUUGGGUUUCUGAGAGUGGAGUUCAUACGCCGGAACAAGGUUUUGAUGUGAUGUAUGAUGAAGGUGUAGGGUGGUCCUCUCAGUGUGAUGGUUGCAGAGAAUCUGGAGGAACAUGUGGUACAAAUCAGAAUGAUUCUUCUCAUUUUUCUUGUAACUGUCCUUCUGGUAGUGGAACUCAUCAUGAUGCUGCAAAUUGUUCUUCUUAUCACAAGACGUUGAGUAUCAAACGAGCUUGGCAAAGGAAGUCGAAAGCCGCAAAAUUCUCAAUCGUCAUGACAGUGCUUACAUCGUUGGCCAUCGGAACCUGUCUAUUUUUGUUUUUCUUAUUCUUUAGGGAAAGACUUGCUUACAUAUUUACCUCAAACAAAGAGGUGGCUGUAGCGGUCGGAGAGUUAUCGCCUUUGUUAUCGAUCUCUACACUGCUAAACAGUGUUCAACCAGUACUCUCAGGAGUGGCUAUUGGAGUAGAUGCAAAGCUGAAAAUAGGUUAUGAUUAUGUCAUAAGUGGUUUGUAUAAGCAUUCCAAAAAAGUCUCACAAAUGUGAUAUUUUUAACUCGUAAGAUUCAUCACUCUGGCUUUUUGUAUAUUAGUUCUUAACCUUAUUCAUGU